CUAUAUUUUUUAAUGUUUUUUUUUUUUUCAAUUUGCAGAAUUUACAGAACCAACAACGGUGCAGGAUAGUUCUUGAUAGAUGGAUAGAAGAUGAUGAUAGGGAUAGGGGUACCAAAGCUAAAAAAGUCUGAAAAGCCUAGUUAUUUUUUUGUCUAGAUGUUUGUGCAAUUAGUGGUCUCGUAACAAAUUUUUAUUCAUCCGAUCCAGGAACGAAUCGUGCCAUGUAUCAGUGCCCAAAAUCCUUUCUUUUUUUACGCAGCCAUAACUCUAUCCCUUUCAAUUCCGUUUUUUGUUUUUUUUUUGGAUACAAGGGAAGGGACAAAACCCCAAAACAAAACCUUAGGUAAGCAGACGUCCCAGACGAGGCCAAACAAAGCCACACUCAUCCCAGUCCAGGAACUGCAUAAUUUGAGGAGGGAGCAGAACCCGCCUGCCCAAAUCAUGAGAAACCGCCAAAUUGGCUAGCCCAUAAGCAGCUUGAUUAGCUUCUCGAAAACAAUGGAGAAGAACAACCUGCCAAUCUUUGUUUAAGAAACUCGCCAGCUUGAGAUUCUGCAUACUACGUUAGCCAGCUUCAAUUCCCUUUCUUUGUCCGUAAAAAUCCUUAAACCCUACCCCAACAGAAACCCUUUUGCUCUUUGUCCUCUCCUUUUCUGUUUCAUAUUCUAAUUGAUAGCUUUAAAGAACAAAUCAUGUCUUGUGUUACCUUCAACUUGGCGCCUUCUCUUAAACUAAAUACACAGAGCACCAGUUCUUUUCGAUUAUCCAACAGUUUACCAUGUUUAUAUGGCAACUCUUCUUUUGCUUCUUCAUCGUUGUUCUUCUUGCAAUCGUUGAGUUUUUGUCACGGCAGAAAUCCUAGUGAUUAUAGCCACGUAAUCAAGAGGUCAAGGUCGUUUUCCGCUGUGUUCAAGUGUGAUGCCGCGCAGAAUUCAGAGCAGUCAGUUUUAAUUGAUCCCCAUGGCAAUGGUGCUUCUGAGAGGGUAGUUGUGUUGGUUAUUGGUGGAGGGGGAAGAGAACAUGCACUUUGCUAUGCCUUGCAACGAUCUUCAUCGUGUGAUGCUGUCUUCUGUGCACCUGGUAAUGCGGGGAUUUCUAACUCUGGGAAUGCUACAUGUAUUCCGGACCUCGACAUCUCGGAUAGCUCUGCUGUGAUCUCCUUUUGCCACAAAUGGAGUGUAGGAUUGGUUGUUGUUGGACCAGAGGCACCUCUGGUUGCUGGCCUUGCAAAUGAUCUGGUCAAGGCUGGAAUUCCCACGUUUGGUCCAUCUGCAGAGGCUGCAGCUUUAGAAGGUUCAAAGAAUUUUAUGAAAAGCUUCUGUGAAAAAUAUCAAAUUCCAACUGCGAAGUACCAAACAUUUUCAGAUCCAUCUGCUGCAAAGAAAUAUAUCCAAGACCAAGGAGCUCCUAUAGUUAUAAAAGCUGAUGGCUUGGCUGCUGGAAAAGGAGUUAUUGUUGCUAUGACACUGGAAGAGGCAUACGAAGCUGUUGACUCGAUGCUUGUGAAAUGUGUUUUUGGUUCUGCAGGUCGCCGUGUUAUUGUUGAGGAAUUUUUGGCAGGAGAAGAAGCAUCUUUCUUUGCUCUGGUGGAUGGAGAGACUGCUAUUCCUUUAGAAUCUGCUCAAGACCAUAAGCGUGUUGGGGAUGGUGAUACAGGGCCAAACACUGGUGGGAUGGGGGCAUACUCCCCAGCUCCCAUAUUAACGAAAGAACUUGAGUCAGUAGUUAUGGAAACUAUAAUUCUUCCAACAGUGAAAGGAAUGGCUGCAGAGGGUUGCAAGUUUGUUGGAGUUUUAUAUGCAGGGUUGAUGAUUGAGAAGAAGUCUGGCUUACCUAAGCUUAUUGAGUACAAUGUGCGCUUUGGAGAUCCGGAGUGCCAUGUGCUAAUGGUUCGUUUGGAAUCUGAUCUGGCACAAGUUCUACUUGCAGCUUGUAGAGGAGAGCUAAGUGGAGUAUCACUAAGUUGGUCUCCAGGGUAUGCCAUGGUAGUUGUAAUGGCAAGUAAAGGUUAUCCUGGAUCCUAUGAGAAAGGGACUGUGAUUGGAAACCUUGAAGAAGCCGAAAACAUUGCUCCGACUGUAAAAAUAUUUCAUGCUGGAACAGCUUUGGAUGCAAAUGGCAACUUCAUUGCUACUGGAGGCCGUGUUCUUGGGAUUACUGCCAAGGGAAGAGAUCUUCAAGAGGCAAGAGAUAGAGCCUAUCAGGCAGUUGAGGAAAUAAAUUGGCCGGGAGGGUUCUACCGGCAGGACAUCGGGUGGAGAGCACUUCCCCAGAAUCAAUUUGCUACAACAAAAUGAAUUAAAUGCUGAGGUAAUGGAUGUUGCCCAUUUCAAAAUAUAGAUGUUCUAUAUUGUAGUGUCUUUUAUGCAUGAAUAGAUAAAAAUGGUGAAAUGAUCCAAAUGAGGCAGGCCAUAAGAGGGAAAGAAAAAUAGCCCUUGGGACAAUUCUUCAAUUUUUCUUCAUGGAGGCGAUAUAUUAAGGGUUUACACCCUGUAAAACUUUACACUUCCAUGUUUUCCCAACAUUAAAGAUUAACAAAUUUGCAUCAGGUUACACAUGACAACUCCACCUUCCAACUUUCAUAUGACUCUUAUUGAGAAGUCAGUUGUGUAAUUGUAUUUGCAUGAGAUGCUGCCUAAAGUUACCAUUUUCAUUCUUUUUAUAAA